AUGGAACGCUCAGUGUCAGAUGCCUCCUCCACUGACCUGGUGACAUCAACAGAUUCAUUUACUCCAGCAGCUCCGGCAGCUAACAGAUUAGACAAAUUUAAAAAUGUUCUAGCUAUUGUGACAGUUGAACCUGUAUUAUUCUUGUAUAUGCUAGCAACAUUUAUGCAGUAUUCAGUAUUUCAAGAUUUAGUGUAUCAGAAGACUUGUCAGAGCAAUUUCAAUUCUUCAGUGUGCCAAAACCUCAACAACAACAGCUAUGCACUCGAUGUCGUUCAAGAACAAGCUUCUCAUUGGAUUCUUGGCUCUACAGCAGCCCUAACUAUCCCCUCAAUAAUUGUUGCUAAUUAUCUUGGAUCGUAUUCUGACUUGUAUGAUCGAAAGUGGCCACUUCUCUUUCCUGCAUGUGGCAUGGUUCUUGCAAGCAUUGUCUACAUUCUCAUGUCCUUGUAUGAUUCCAUUCCAGUUUCUAUGAUUGUUCUGGCUAGUUUUCUUUCUGGAAUAUUUGGAGGUUUUGUUAGUUGUAUCAUGAGUGUCAUGAGCUACAUUUCGGCUGUUACGAGCGAAGAGAGCCGCUCAUUGCGAGUAGCCAUGUUGGAGGCUAUGACUUUCUGUGGCGGGACCGUGGGGCCCUUUAUCGGUGGUGCCUUACUAGGAGCAACUCAAAGCCAUGCUGCUGUCUUCCUUGUGAUUAUGGCCUUUUAUGUCCUAGUUAUCCUUUACGUAAUCUUCUUGGUGCCGUCGGUUAAGGAUGAUCGAUCCGCCGACGAGCAAUUAAUCCUGACCUCCGAAAAUUACUGUCGAAAACUCUUUAGUUGCCAUCACUUUCAAUCAAGUUUGCAAACCUGUUUCAAGCCUCGUCCCAAUAAUCGACGCCGGAACCUUCUUCUUCUCAUAGCUUGCGCGCUUAUAACUAUGACCGUUACAGCAGGUGAAAUGGACGUAGCUUAUCUUUUCACAAAGGAUGACCCACUUAACUGGAGUUAUGAAACCUACAGUUACUAUUUCGGGUUGAAAUUCGGAGUUGGCGCGCUUUCGCUAAUCGCCUUAUCCCCAGUGGUCCGCCGAUUAAAUCUACAGGAGGCCAUCACCUGCUGCAUCGGUCUUGUCUCUAAAGCCGCUGGAUUGGUCCUGCACGGCUUUGCAACAACCAACGCGAUGAUGUUUUGCGUCCCAUUUCUUUCAAUGUUCAACACUUUUUGCCUACCAUCCAUUCGCUCACUUUUGUCUAAACAGGUCGAUCCCAAUGAAUUAGGAAAGCUGUUUGCAUUUGUUGCUUCCAUUGAAAAUAUUUGCACGUUGCUUGGCUCGAUCGUGUUCAAUAUCCUUUACCCGCUGACACGAUCUAUAUUCCGUGGGUUCACCUUCGAGUUGGCCGCCAUUAUGCUGAUCAUCCCACUAGUCAUAAUGAGCUACUUGAGUUACCAAAUGAAGAGGGAGCUUUAUUACGUUUCUACUGCGGCAGCCCGUCGAUCUGACACUUCAGCGUGA